AACACCUCCCCACCCCCUCCACUCCCCUCCAUAUUUUCCCCCACUUUCCCAGAAACCCUUUCCCUGCGCCAUGGCGUGCACUGCGCCCGACCCUCUCACCCUCCAGCCCCUUUAUCAACCCCCCUAGGGUUCAUUCCCCUUUCUCGGCCCUCCUUCCUCCGCCAACAACCGCCAAAUUUUACCAUAAAAAUAAAAAUUAAAAAAAAAACAUUUCUUUGUUUUCUUAAAGGGAAAAAUGUUGGUUUCGGUGUUUCUUGCGCUGUUUCUGCCGUGUGCCGGCAUGAGCGCAGUGUUCAUGGUCUACAUAUGUUUACUAUGGUACGCCGCCAAUACUUCUCCCCAAGGCGCCGAGUUCCGGCCGCCGGUCAAGCCCGCGGCCGGCAAGGGGCUGUCGGCGGCGGAGCUCGAGAAGUUGCCCAAGAUUACGGGGAAGGAGCUGCUGAUGGGGACGGAAUGCGCCGUAUGCCUGGACGAGAUCGAGAGCGACCAGCCGGCUCGGCUGGUGCCCGGUUGCAACCACGGCUUCCAUCUACAAUGCGCCGAUACGUGGCUCUCCAAGAACUCCGUUUGUCCGGUUUGCAGGGCCAAGCUCGAGCCCCAGCUUUUUGAUCCUCCCGAUCAAAACCCCUGCUGAAAUCAGAGCAUCGGAACUAUAAACAUCCUAUUUAUAUAUAUAUAUAUAUAGAGAGCGACAGAUUUCCUGAUCUGUUUUCACUUCUUCGUGGCUUUGAUUGAUUUCUUUCCUCGUCAUUUUCA